CGAAAACAUUGGUUUUGGUAUGGUUGUGUGUAAAAAGUAAAAUAGGAGCUUAGUUCCAAACCCUUUUGCUGUAAAAGUUCGGCAAUGUUUCUGAUGGAACAGGGGAAACAUCCCUGCUUUAUUGAAGUUUGAGUUAGAAAAUAUUUUAAUAAUAUGUACUUUGUUUGCACUGUUUCUGGAACGACACCAGAAGGAGCUUGGUUUGAUGGAAAGCAGCCUGUUUCUAAGAUGACUACGCGGCUAACUCAAUUUUACGAGUUCAACACAUACAAUGAAAUCUAUGACAGUUUUGUUGAGAUGGGUCUUCAAGAAAAUCUGCUGAAAGGAAUAUAUGCAUAUGGCCUGGAGAAGCCUUCUUUAGUCCAUCAACGAGGAAUUGUCCCAUUGUGCAAGGGUCUGGAUGUUAUCCAGCAGUCACUGUCUGGAACAACUGUGACACUUGCCUGUGGAGUUCUCCAGCGACUCGAUUAUGGAUCCACUGAAUGCCAAGCUUUGGUUCUUGUACCAACGCGUGACUUGGCACAGGAGACCGAGAAAGUUAUUGGAGCACUUGGUCAGUGGCUAGGUGUCAAAGCUCAUGCUUGUCUUGGAGGGACUAGUGUUCGUGAGCACAAGCAAAUUUUGUCCAGCAGCACCCAGGUUAUUGUCGCUACUCCUAGCCGCGCUCUGGACAUGCUGAGAACACGAGUGCUCUGUCCAGAUAACGUCAGAAUGUUUGUCUUGGAUGAAGCAGAUGAAAUACUCGCAGGAGGUUUGAAGAACCAGAUCUAUGAUAUUAUCCAGCUUCUCCCAGCCAAAAUCCAGUUUGCUGUAUUCUCUACCACCAUGUCCAAUGAAGCUCUCGAACUUUGCCGGAAGUGCAUGAAUAAGCCUAUGAAGGUCAUAGUGCCGAAAGAUGAAGAAUUGGAGGGUUUUAGUGUUAAGCAGUUCCAUGUUAAAGCUGAGGACGAAGAGUUGAAGUUUGAGAAAUUAUGUGAUCUUUUUGACACCAUGGCGGUCACGCAAAACAUCAUCUUUGUCAACGCACGUCGGAAGGUUGAGUCACUGGCCGAAAAGAUCAGUGGCAGGGGGUACACCGUCUCGGCAAGCCAUGGUGGUAUGGACCAGCACGCCAGAGAUGUUGCCGUCCAGGAUCUCCGGUCGGGAUCAUCCCGUGUCCUCGUCACCACCGACCUUCGUGGCGCCGACGCAUUGCAGGUACCUGUUGUCAUCAACUAUGAUCUGCCAACACAACCAGUACAAUACCUUCGUCAUGUUCGACGAAGUGGACAGCCUGGAGGGAUUGGUGUCGCAAUCAGCUUCGUUGCUCGUGCUGAUGAGCGUGUCCUGUCUGACAUCCAAAGGUUCUGCAAUACUCAGUUGGCAGAGUUACCCUCUGACGUCGCUGACCUCCUGUGAGCAAUUCCGUAGUUGGAUAUGGUGCACAGAUGGCUAUCUAGACUUCUUUUUUUUUUCUAUCGUUGGCCUGGAGAGCUGCGCGACAGCUCCAUUCUGUUGAAUUGUGGGAAUCGUCUUGUGGGAUUGAAACUUUUCGAGUUCUCCGGUAUUAUGUCAUGGUGGUUUGAAACUGAAUUGAAUGUGGUGCAAAUAGUUGUUUGAAAUGUUUUGUUGGUUCAUCUGUUGUUUACUAUUGUUAUAUUGUGUUGGUGCACAUAUGCUGCUAGUGAGCAACGUUAUGCACACAGGUUACAGAAUCCUUUAAACCAGAACAAAUAAUGCAGGUCAUGCUUGGAUUGAACUUUGGACCAGAUUACAUAUAGCAAGGUUUGGGUGUGAAUGUGUAGGUCACCUAUAAUAUCAAAGAAUGUUCUUCCACUGAAUGAAUCUGGUGUUAGUACUAGUACGAAAACGAUAAAAGUUAACUUGCUUCAGUUUGCAGGCAAUAACUACAGGCACUUCAAUCUUUCUGUUCUGUAUUUGUAUUAUAAUAGUAAUAUGUCAUGUAACAUGAGAAGUGAGGGUUAACUGAAAUAAACUUCUAAACACAAGACUACAUGUAAACACGAAUUUUCAAUCUUUGAUGUCCUUUCCCCUAGAGAAAUUCUUGGAUGUCCAUGUAGGUAUAGGCUGCAAGUCCCUUGUCAGACAUAAACACCACUUGCGAGGAGAACGAAAAGAGAUCCAAAACCC